GGGGCGGGGCCGGGCGUGGAGCGGAGCGGGGCUCGCGGAGGUGCCGCGCCGUCCCUGCGCGCCGCCGCCGCGGGAGCGAGGCCGUGGCCGGGCCGGGCCGGGCCGGGCAGCGCCCGCCGCUGUCCAGCAGCCCCGGGCGGGCUAGGACCCGCCGCCGCGAUGGGCGACCCCCGGCCCCGCGCCGCGGUCCUCCUGCCUCUCCUCUGCCUCUGCGCCGCGCUGCCCGGCAGCGCCUCCAACAAAGCAAACAAGCACAAACCCUGGAUUGAAGCUGAGUAUCAGGGCAUCGUCAUGGAGAAUGACAACACAGUCCUGCUCAACCCACCACUGUUUGCACUGGACAAAGAUGCUCCACUGCGCUAUGCAGGUGAAAUCUGUGGAUUCAGGAUCCAUGGGGCAGGGGUACCUUUUGAAGCUGUGAUCCUGGACAAAGCUACAGGUGAGGGGCUGAUACGGGCCAAGGAACCAGUGGAUUGUGAAGCACAUAAGGAGCACACGUUCACCAUUCAGGCUUACGACUGUGGAGAGGGACCUGAUGGAGCAAAUACCAAGAAAUCACACAAGGCCACGGUGCACGUUCGAGUAAACGAUGUGAAUGAGUUUGCUCCUGUCUUUGUGGAAAAGUUGUACCGUGUGGCAGUGACUGAAGGAAAGCUCUAUGACCGCAUCUUGCGUGUGGAGGCCAUUGAUGGAGACUGCUCGCCACAGUACAGCCAGAUCUGCUACUAUGAGAUCCUGACCCCCAAUAUUCCCUUUCUGAUUGACAAUGACGGGAACAUCGAGAAUACGGAGAAGCUGCAGUACAGUGGAGAUCGUGUCUACAAAUUCACAGUGACAGCCUAUGACUGUGGAAAGAAGCGGGCUUCUGAUGAUGCUGAAGUGGAAAUCCAGGUGAAACCCACCUGCAAGCCCAGCUGGCAGGGCUGGAACAAGAGGAUUGAGUACACCCCGGGCGCAGGCAGCCUCGCACUCUUCCCCACCAUUCACCUGGAGACCUGUGAUGAGCCCCUGUGGAACAUCCAGGCCACAGUGGAACUGCAGACAAACCAUGUGGCCAAGGGCUGUGACCGGGAUAACUACUCCGAGAAGUCACUACGCAAACUCUGUGGUGCUGCCUCUGGAGAGAUUGACCUGCUGCCAGUGCCUAGCCCCACAGCGAACUGGACCGCGCGGCUCUCGGUGCACUACAGCCAGGACAGCAGCCUCAUCUACUGGUUCAAUGGCAGCCAGGCUGCCCAGGUGCCUGUGGUGAAUGGGCUGAAUGCCCAUGAGGGGCUGAGUGACCACUUCACCCUGUCUGUAUGGAUGAAGCAUGCCGUGGUGCCUAGCAAAGGCAGGCGGGAAGAGGAGACGGUGAUCUGCAGUACAGUGCACAGCGAGGAUGGCUACUCUCAUUACUCUCUGGCUGUGCACGGCUGCCGGAUUGCUUUCCUCUACUGGCCAUUGCUGGAAAGCGCAAGGCCUGUGAAAUUCCUCUGGAAGCUUGAGCAAGUCUGCGAUGAUGAAUGGCACCAUUAUGCCCUCAACCUGGAGUUCCCCACUGUCACGCUCUAUGUGGAUGGUGUGUCUUACGAUCCCGCUCUCAUCCAUGACAAUGGCCUCAUUCACCCCCCACGGCAGGAACCCUCACUCAUGAUUGGAGCCUGCUGGACUGAGGAGAAAAACAAAGAGAAAAUCAAAGGAAGCGAGAACUCCACUGAUACUAUACAAGGAGAUCCUCUGUCGAUACACCACUACUUCCAUGGUUACUUGGCUGGCUUCACUGUGCGCCCUGGUAGCUUGGAGAGCCGGGAGGUUAUUGAAUGCCUGUAUGCCUGCCGUGAGGGGCUUGAUUACAGUGACUUCGACAGUCUGGGCAAAGGGAUGAAGGUUCAUGUGAACCCCUCUCAGUCCCUGCUUACCUUGGAGGGUGAUGAUGUGGAAACCUUCAACCAUGCAAUCCAGCAUGUGGCUUACAUGAAUUCACUGCGCUUUGCUACCCCUGGAGUCCGGCCACUUAGGCUCACCACUACUGUCAAGUGUUUCAGCGAAGAGUCCUGUGUCUCCAUCCCUGAUGUGGAAGGUUACGUUGUGGUGCUACAGCCUGAUGCCCCCCAGAUCCUGUUGAGUGGCAAUGCCCACUCUGCUCAUCCUGCGUCAGACUUUGAAGCUCCUGAUGGGGUCCCCCUGUUCCCUAACCUGCAGAUCAGCUGCUCUAUUUCUCACCAGGUGGAGGCCAAGAAGGAUGAGAACUGGCAUGGUACAGUGACAGACACACGAAUGUCAGAUGAGAUUGUGCACAACCUGGAUGGCUGCGAGAUCUCAUUGGUAGGAGAUGACUUGGACCCAGAGAGGGAGUAUCUGCUCCUGGAUGGGGCACUGCUGCAGCAGCGGGGCCUGGAGCUUGUUAACACCUCUGCCUACCUGACCAUCACAGGUGUAGAGAGCAUCGCAGUUUAUGAGGAGAUCCUACGCCAGGUCUCAUACCACAUCAACCAUGGUGCUGCUCUUUAUGAAAGGAAGUUUCACUUGUCCUGCACUGAGAUGAAUGGACGCUACUCCAGCAAUGAGUUUACUGUUGAGGUGAAUGUCCUCCACAACAUGAACCAAGCUGCUCAUCCUAACCACAUUCUGAGUUCCCAGCAGUUCGUGCACCAAGGCCAUCAUUUACCCCCAGAGCUAUCUGGGCACAGUUUGGCAAGCACCCAUAACAACCCAAUGGUCCCUAGUGCUGCCACUGUCAUCAUCGUGGUGUGUGUGGGCUUCCUGGCACUCAUGGUGAUCCUCGGCAUCCUGCGCAUCCACUCCCUGCACCGGCGGGGAGGGGGGCAAGAGGUCCCUGGGGCUGCUGAAGGGGGACACACAAGCAGCAGCGGCAAAGAGAGUGACAUGUUCUGGGACGACUCAGCCCUGACCAUCAUUGUCAACCCCAUGGAGUCCUACCAGAGCUGCCAGGAGAGGGCAGGAGGCAGUGGCGAAGGCAGGGCUGGUGGCGGCAUGGAGGAUGAAGAUGACAGCACCGACUCGGAGACACCAGACUCGCCAGACAGCAACGACGUGGGUGACCGACACAUCAUGGGCAGAAGCGACGGCUCUCGCCGCUACUAGGAGCUUUAAACCACCAGUCCAAUGGAUCCCCAUAACAUAUGGCUGGAAGGAGGUGUCUUACUUUUAACUUCUUCCUUCCCCCACCGUGUACACAUGCACUCCUCCCUCAUUUGUCAUUUCUGCCUCCCAUCUUCCCUCCCCUUCUGCCAUUCCCAUUGUGGACAUUCCUCACAUUACUGACCCCCCAGCUGGCUCUCUAGAACCUUGUGUUAGGGCACUUGCACAUGACUGUGGCACAGUUGAAACUGUACUGAGGAAGGAGGGGCUUGGAAAGGACAGCAAGUUGGAAGGAGCCAGCCAUAGGGUUCAGAGGGGGGUCUCUCACAACCCCUCCCCAGAUAUUAUAUAUAUAUAUUGUAUAUUUUUUCAAUGUUGUCGUUUGAGGUUUAUUCUCGUUUCAUGCAAAAAACCAAACCAAACCCAACCAACCAACCACAAACCCAACACUGCAGCUUGUGUCGCUUUGUAAAAUUGUCAAUACUCCUGAAGUAAAUGAAUGAACGGAAGAAGGAUGAGGAAACAAAGUGGAUUUUAAAAUAAAUGGAUUUCAAAUAAAA